UUCCCUUUUAAUAAAUAUUUCCAUUUGGGAUGGGCGAUCAAUGACAUUUCCUUUUGAAUAUUAAUAGCAUAAUACUAUAGACGUUACCUAUCCUUUGUUUUAAUAUAACUGGAUGUAUUGCAACUCAUAAAUCAGACUUAAAAGCUGCUUUUUUUUUACCCUUUUGGGCCACCAUACAUUUGUAAUUUACUUUAGCAUUAUAGAAAACCUUUUUUUUUUUCAGUGCAGAUACGUAAAUACUAAGACUGCAACAUCUGUAUCCAUCAUUUCUAACUUCUUUUGAAAAUAAUCUUGUCAUGAGGCAACUUUUGUUCCUCGGUUGUCCAGAGCUCUCGUUUAAAUAAAGUUUUGUUUCUUUUAGUAUUGUGUGACGUAGAGAAGACUGAUUGCGCAUGCGUGACUACGGUUCACACGUGAAGCAGACAGCAUGGCCGACGGAGCGGAGAUUGCGUUGGACAGAGCACAGGUGAAAAAGGCCGUCCAGGCAUUGCAGGCUUUCCUGAAAUCCAAGUCCACCGGGGACUCCUUGUUCCUGGACGAGACUCGACAGAUCAGCCUGCUCUUCACCCUCUGGAAGAUCCCCAAAAAGCCACAGACCAUCCGCAUCCCCUUGCCCCAUGGCCAGCGGCCUGACACAGACGAGGUUUGCCUCUUCACCAGAGAUGAGCCCCACAUGACUUCAGAGCAGACCCAGAGGUUUUAUAAGAAGCUGCUGCAAGAGAAGGGAGUGAAAAACAUCACUGAGAUCAUCCCGUACAAGGUCCUGACGACGGAGUACAAACCGCAUGAAGCCAAGCGCCGUCUGCUGGGGAACUUUGACAUGUUCCUUUCUGACGAACGCGUCCGCCGCCUGCUGCCGUCCCACCUCGGGAAACAUUUCUACCUGAGGAAAAGAGAGCCGCUGUGUGUGAACCUGCAGAGCAAACAACUGGCGAGAGACAUCCACAGAGUCAUCCAGGGCACCAACCUGAAAGUCACCAACAAGGGCAGCUGCUGCAUGGCGCGCAUUGCCCACGCCGGCAUGACUGCAGACGAGGUGACAGAAAACAUCGAGGCUGCGUUCCAGGCAGUGGUGGCAAAACUACGCACGAAAGGACCCGUAAUGAAGCUCAUCCAUAUCAAGAGUCAAACAUCAGUGGCCCUGCCAAUCUACAACUCAAGCCUGACCCACCUCACUGUGCUGGAAGAGGCGGAACAUGCUCAGCUAAGAAAGAAAGAGAAAGCCGCGGCCAGAAAGCUGGAGAACGAGGUCGAGAAGGCGCUCAAGAAGCAAACCGUUGCCACCGGAGAGGAGGGAGAAAAGGAUGACAAAAUCCCACAGCUGGUUCCCAUAGCAACACCUAGCAAAAAGGCUAAACUGGAGCAGCAGCUGGAGAAAGCUCCCAAAGCCGCCGUGACGAAGAAAGCAAAGAAAGCACCAAACAAACGGGCCAGGAAGGCCGGCAAGACUGACUUUAAAGUAAAGAGAAAAGUUCCUAAAGUCAAAUGAUUCUCAAUAGAGCUUCUUUGCACAUUACCGUCUCUACAAGGACAUUUUACACAGGAUCGUUCACAGAAUUAUCAUUAUAUUCAGUCUGUUUUUUGUUUUUGCUCAGAUGAAGCAGAUAAUAAACUUUGUAAUCUAAAACUA